UCGACUAAUAGUUCAAACUUAGCUAGAGACAAUAUUUGCCGCUAGUUGGCGCCACUGUUAGCAGGAGAGCGUUGUUCUUGCUAGGUAUAUACUGAAGUCAGUGAUUUUGACCUAUAAUAAUUGAUUUUUUAGCUACAUAAAAAUGCCAACGUGCUUUGCGCCAGGAUGCGAGGCAGGAUAUAAGUCAUGAACGAGAAGAGACAUUUAUUAUAUCCACGAGACGACAAGAUGCUAACAAAUAAAUGUUACGUUUGUGACGUACAUUUUGCGAGUAGAUUUAUUUUAAAAACCUUCUCCCAUGUUAUAAAUGGAGAGAAAGUAGAAAUUCCACGAGAUCGCUGGGCAUUAACGUCGGAUGCAUAUCCAUCAAACUUCCCUAAUUGUCCUAAGUACAUUAGUAGGUCUGUACCUCAAAAACGAUCAACGCGAUGUCUCACAAGAAAUGAAGAACCAUCUAGGAAGGGAUCACAAAAAGACAAUACCAAAGAUUUGCAUGAUACACACUCCCAAGUAACAACUGUAGAAAAGGAAGUAGAAGAACCCUCCACAUCUGAAGCUGCAACUACACAGCAUCCUGAGCUGUUAUAUGUCAAUAAAAUCUCUGCUUUGCAGUCUGAAUUGUUAAAAGUCAAAGAGGAUUUAUAUCGGUGCAGAAAGCAAAAGAUGACCUAUAGGAAGAAACUGAAAACUCUUCAAACAGAAAAUCUCAAGCUUCAUCAAGAAAAUAAUGAACUUAAAAUAAAACAGUUGUCGGAUGAUAAACUUGAUUCCUUACCACCGAGACAGAUACUUGUAAUAGAGCACAUGCUGAAAGCAUGCCAUGUAAAAAGCAAAAAGGGUAUGAGAUAUGACAUUAAUCGGUUACUUGACUGUUUGCUUUUAAAAAUUAGGUCACCAUCUGUCUAUGAAUUUUUGAGAAAUAAUGAUUACUUGCCUUUACCCUAUCAGUCUACACUGCACCAAUAUAUCUGCACUUUUUGACGCUUUAAAUCGUAG